CUCAAGACGCACGCCGUGUUUAUAUUAACGUUAUAGUAAAUUUUUCCAGGGAGUGGUUUAAGUCAAUGAUAACUUUUUUUUCCAACAACUCCUGAAAACUUUCAAUGCAAUUUUUUUUUCUGCUCAGGUUCAGCCGUUAGCCGCCGCUCAUUAACGAGGCUGCUCCUCGUGCGCCGCCCGCCGCUGGGGCCGCAUUGUUAACGCGGUCCGAGAUGCCGAUGCGGCUGCGAUCCAGAAGGUCCGUCGGCCCGGGGUGGCCGAGCGAGCUCGAAUUACAGGACGCGUUGCCGCCAGCUUUGCGGAGAAAGUCGAGCCGCCCGCACGGGGUGCCCCUGUAUGAGGAGUCUGAUGAGUCGGGCUCUGAGGUGGUCUGGGGACCGGGGAUGGAGACCGAGCCGAGUGUCCCCGCUUAUCCGGAGGAGGACGCUGCCGAGGAGGCUGGUGUUACGGAGCUGAAGUAUUGCAGCGUUGUGCUGGACCGCCUGCAGGUGGACAACAAGGCGGCGGGAACAGAGCUCGAGGAGAAAGAAGACAUGAACCGCAAAGGCGGGAAACUCGUCUCCCGGAUCCCCACUUUCCACAAACGGCCGGCCAAUGCCGCCCCGACCCCAGAGCCGCCUGCCGCCAGGAAAGACCCCUCCGGCCCUGGAGCUCCGCCUUCGGGGAAAGUCACAGGUGGGAGUGCGCAGGCCUCGAAUUCCAAGCCGUCCGACGUCACAGCGUGGGCACCCCCCCUGCCGGCGGUCAGCGUCCUAGAUGUUGGCCUGGAGGCGCCCUUUUCGUCCGGCAGACCGGACCUGGCCGCUGCAGCAGCAUCACCCGGUCCCCUGGUUUCAGCACCCAAGAGGUGGGGUUUGUCCGAGCCCAUGGAGUGCCCUUCAUUGGCUGUGAGCCCCCGUCCUGCCAUCAGACCGCAGGGAGGGGCGGAGCCACGUGUCUCAGGGCGGAGCCAGCUCGGAGCGUUUCAAACAGAAGCCGACGGCCCCGUCGGCCAAAAGCCACCAGAGGACCCAAAAGAGGAGGACGCAGUCGUGGGCAGAAGCAGCCUGACCCACACUGCCUCUGGAGAUACGGACAGGUCAGCGCCUGAGGACCUCCUUCACACGGCUAAUGACAGCAGAGAGGAGGCCAUUACGGACGAACAGCCGCCGUGGGAGACUGACGCGAUGCACGCGUUUGGAUCUAAGGAUAGUAGGUCCUCUUCAGACAAUGAAUGUGACCAUGAGUUUGAGGAUGAGAAGGCUGAGGGCCACCAUUCAGUGAAGGGCCGUAGCAAACCGCUCAUAACAAAGCCGCCACAGCUUUCAGGUCCUGCAGAGGAACGAGCCAAAGCCGGCAACUUCAGCUCCCCUGUGGCGCCAGAGAAGCCCGCCAAGGCUCAGUCAACUAGAUCAGCUGAGAGCUCGGGAGGCUUCAGUUUCGCCCUCUUCUGCUUCCUGUCCACCACCGUGCUGCUCCUGGGGGGGUUGGGACAGCACGUUUGGCACUAUGGCCUUCCCCUCUCCGUGGAACAGCUCGCAGCUCAGCUGGAACUGCACUGGCUGGAGGGCUUCGGCUCGGUACGGGAGCCCUGCAGCACCGACUGUCGAGUGCGGCUGGUGGAGAGCAUCCCCGUGGGUCUCUACCCCUCCACUCCGUUGUCCAGGGGGACCAUCGCAGACAGCUGGCUACGUCUGCUGGAAAAGGCCAACAGCUCAGUGCACAUCGCCGCUUUCUACUUCACUCUGCGGGACCCGUCUGAGUCUCAGGGAAGACUGGUGUUUGAGCAUCUGAAACGGCUGAAAUCCAAAGGUGUGCAACUCCGGAUCGCCGUCAACGCCCCGCAGACCUCAGCUGAAGAUACGGCGGAGCUGGCUGCAGCAGGUGCUGAAGUCCGAGAGGUCGACCUCAGGGCCGUAACUGGAGGCAUCGUGCACACCAAGCUGUGGGUGGUGGAUCAAAAGCACUUCUACCUGGGUAGUGCCAACAUGGACUGGCGCUCGCUAAGUCAGGUGAAGGAGGUCGGCCUGUCGGUGGAGGACUGCAGCUGCCUGGCUCAGGACGCCACUCGGAUCUUUGGGGUGUACUGGAGCAUCGGCGGUCCGAGCAACGGCUCCCUGCCGCCGUACUGGCCUGCUCGUCUCUCCGCCCUGUCCAGCUCCCAGAAUCCCCUGCGCCUGAAGUUCAACGGAGUGCCUGCUCAGGUCUACCUGUCUAGUGCGCCUCCCCAGAUCUCCGCCCGCGGCCGCUCCGACGACCUCUCCACCAUCCUGUCCGUCAUCGACGACGCCCACAGAUUUGUUCACAUCUCCGUCAUGGACUACCUGCCUCUGUCUCAGUACACGGAGCCACUCAGGUUCUGGCCGGCCAUCGACUCGGUCCUGCGCGCCGCCGCCUGCACCAGAGACGUACAGGUCCGCCUCCUGGUCAGCUGCUGGAAGCACUCCCCGGCCUCCAUGUUCCCCUUCCUGCAGUCCCUGCUGGCACUCAACCGGCCUCCGCUGAAAUGUGACAUUCAAGUGAAAGUGUUCACAGUGGCCUCGACAGCAGAGCAGAUGAGGAUUCCCUUUGCCCGAGUCAAUCACGCCAAGUACAUGGUCACGGACAGAGUGGUCUACAUAGGGACGUCCAACUGGUCGGAGAACUACUUCUCCAAGACCGCCGGGGUGAGCGUGGUGGUGAACCAGACCGGCUCUGUGGUUGAAGAAGGCCAAGAGACCCUGCAGAGCCAAGCGGAGGAGCUCUUCCUCAGAGACUGGAAGUCUGAGUACGCCAGCGGUCUCUCUGUGGACGACGUGGACGUCUGUCCCCGCUCUGAAUAAAGCACAUUUGCCUUCUAGAUGAGCUCCCUGCCUGCUGCUGCUACUUGAACUUUUUUUCGGCUUCUGUAGAAUCCGCUAGCUGUAUAAGCAAUCUUUUAUUUUAUGGCUGUUUCACGGCCAGAUGCCUUUUUUGUAUAAAAUGUUUUUUGAAAUCUACACUGACCCGCUGCUUUAUUAGGUAAACAUGUUCAGUUGCUUGUUAACGCAACCUGCUGUCACAUGGCUGCAACCUUUUACUAGCAAGGUGGACCCGAUGAAGUGCCGCUGAGUGUAUAUUUAGCUCCAAAAUGUUAUUUUUUUAUACGGUUUUAUUUAGAGGGAGAUUGCUUUGUAACCCUUUACCUCUGGGACAUUCUGUAUAUUUUCUGUUAAACACGUAUGUGCCAUGAUUUCACGCUGGAGAUGAAACGCUUCCAAAGAGGUUCAUGUUUGCACUGCUGAAGCUAUCAGCUGUUUAUGUCGUAAAACCACACGCUACGGCGUUCUGUAAUGCUUGUAAAUAAUAUGCGUUUUCUGCACGAAGAAACACAAUUUUACAGCAAAUACCGAGCAUGCUAGUUUUAAUUCUUAUUAAAGCGCUCUGUGUUAGAAGA